AUGAAUGAAACUACUUGUUCGACAAUUUAUCUCCAUGAUCGUCACAAUGAGAAUCGGACGGUCCUUUGUCCGCGGUAUCUGUCUCCAUGUCAUUCGAAUCUUCUUGUGAAGCCUCACGGCGACGAACGAUGGCACGACGACGUGCAAAGAUUCUUCCGGAGCUUAUCGAAUAUUCCUCCGGCGUCGCUCGGUCUUUUUCUAGUGACUGGAGGACGAGACGUCGACACAGUCAUCGACUCCAAAUUGUCAAUGUCCAUUUCGAGAUCAAGUGGGAGUGACGUUCUUGCCGAAAGCUUGCUUGAUUUCUCAUCACUUUUCGGCGACGACUCGACGUUUCCGGUUGAUGCAGAAUCAGAUGAAGAUGAUGGUAGCGCAAAUGCUCCAAGGUCGCUGGAUCGUAGGAUGAUUAUUGCUAGACGACGCCUGGCUCGAGAAGGACAAACGGAACAACCGAACGUUAUGGAUAGUUAUCUUUCUGGCGAAGAACUGUCCGUUUCCACUGCACCAUUUGAUCCAAAGCAACAUGAUUCUUCAGAUAAGAAGUAA